GGUGAUGGCAAAUACAUGCUAUUACAUGACCCAACUCUCGUCAUGGGACAGAAAGGCUGUUAGAAGGUGGGUCAGAGUCCCCGGCCUCGAUCACAGGGUAGGGAACUCUGCAGCCUCUUCCCCUCUAGGAGGUGGGGACAAAGUGGAGGGAGGGCUGCAGGAGGAGGGGGAGGAGCUAGCUCCUUGUAACCCGCCCAUACCAGUCUGGCCUGGAGUGAGGGAACCCGUCCUGGUCGCGUGCACCCGAACAGCCUGCCCUGGUACCCCGGUGCUCUGACCCAGUCCAAUCAUGACCCUGCGCCCUUUGCUCCUGCCGCUUCGGCUGUUGCUGCUGCUGCUGAUCAGUGGGGCGGUGUGCCGGGCUGAGGCUGAGGUAGAAACCGAAAGUCCUGUCCGGACCCUCCAAGUGGAGACCCUGGGCAGCUUGGCAGAUGGACGCAUUAUUGACACUUCUCUGACCAGAGAUCCUCUGGUCAUAGAACUUGGCCAAAAGCAGGUGAUCCCAGGUCUGGAGCAGAGCCUUCUGGACAUGUGUGUAGGGGAGAAGCGAAGAGCACUCAUUCCUUCCCACUUGGCUUAUGGAAAGAGAGGGUACCCGCCAUCUAUCCCAGCCGAUGCAGUGGUGCAGUAUGAUGUGGAGCUGAUCGCCUUGAUUCGAGCCAACUACUGGCAAAAGCUGCUGAAGGGCAUUUUGCCUCUCUUGGGCGUGGCCAUGGUGCCAGCACUCCUGGGCCUGAUUGGGUAUCACCUAUACAAAAAGGCCAGCACACCCAGAGUCUCCAAAAAGAAGCUGAAAGAAGAGAAACGAAACAAGAGUAAGAAGAAAUAAAUAGUGCUUUCUAACGAAA